GAAGACAGAAAGAAAACAAUAUGGCAGCGUCCUCAGAACACGUUGAAACUGACUCCACAGUGACAGAUCCUCCAGAAACCACCAGAGUCCAGGAGACGUCAGAUCCAGAACCGGCAGAUCCAGAACCAGACCCGGAUGAGGAUGAGGAUGAAAACGAGCCUCCCGGGCCGAGGAUCCGGGAGACCCCGGAGGACAUCAAGCUGGAGGCGAUCGCCAACACGGUGGCUCUCCACCCGAGCCGGGACGUCCUGGUGUGCGGGGACGUGGACGGGGACGUGUACGCCUUCUCGUACUCGUGCACGGAGGGGGGCAACAAGGAGCUGUGGUCAUCCGGACACCACAUGAAGUCCUGCCGACAGGUCCGCUUCUCCUCAGACGGACUCAAACUCUACAGUGUGUCCCGAGACAAAGCAGUCCACAUGCUGGACCCGGAGCGGGGUCAGCUGGUGACCAGGAUCCGGGGGGCCCACGAAGCUCCCAUCAACAGUCUGCUACUGGUGGAUGAAAACAUACUGGCGACCGGAGACGACCAGGGAACCCUGAAGGUGUGGGACAUGAGGAGGGGGACGGCCUUCAUGGACCUCAAACAACAUGAGGAUUACAUCAGUGACAUCGCCGUGGACCAGGCCAAGAGGAUCCUCCUCACCGCCAGCGGCGACGGCACCAUGGGCGUCUUCAACAUCAAGAGGCGGCGGUUCGAGCUGCUGUCGGAGUUUCAGAGCGGCGACCUGACCUCGGUGACCAUAAUGAAGCGAGGCAGGAAGGUGGUGUGCGGCUCCAGCGAGGGGACCGUCUACAUCUUCAACUGGAACGGCUUCGGGGCCACCAGCGACCGCUUCGCCAUCAAGGCCGAGUCCAUCGAAUGCAUCGCUCCCGUUACGGACGACAUCAUGUGCACCGCCUCCAUGGACGGGUACAUCCGAGCCAUCAACGUCCUUCCUAACCGGGUCUUAGGCUGCAUCGGGCAGCACAUCGGGGAACCCAUCGAAGAGCUCGCCAAGUCCUGGGACACGCGCUUCUUGGCCAGCAGCGCCCACGACCAGCUCAUCAAGUUCUGGGACAUUUCCAGUUUACCCAACCAGACGGUCGACGAGUACCGCAAGAGGAAGAAGAAAGGAGGCCGGAUGAAGUCUCUGACCAAGAAGGCUCACGGAGAGAACGACUUCUUCUCAGGACUCGUAGAGGAAACGGAAAAGAAGGAAGAGGAGGACGAGGACGAGGACGACAGCGACAGUGGAAGUGAUUAAAAAAAGAAAGUGAACUGAGAUUCAUGUUUGAAAUGAGAUGUACAUUACAACGUCCUCAGUGCGUCACUUUAACGAGAACUGUGAACUGGAAAAUAAAGAAAUGAGACGACUGUGUUUGAAAGAGGGAAUGUUAGGAUGAUGAUGUCACAGAGAUGAUGACAGAGCAAUGAUUUAACAUGUUAUUACAGCAAAGUCAUAGUAUGGCUGCCAAACCCAGUUUAUUCUUUUCUAUUACAAACUAAGGAUUCUUUUAGUGUCUGUACAAAGAGUAUUGUGUUCAAAAACUCCCAACGAUAUCUGGCUUUGGGUAAAGUGGACAAGCAUUGAUCGUGGCGUCAGUUUGUGUCUGAUGUAGAAAUUUGUGAAAAAGUGCAACUGACAUUAAAGGAGCAGUAUGUAACUCUGAAA